GGCCGCACCUUUGCAGGCAGCUGGAGGACGAGUGUAUUCGAACGAGGAGGAUUUUGCAAGGCAGUAUCCAUCCAUGUGUGACUGGGGCUACAAAACUGCCGUCGACUGCUCGGAGAUUUUGAGUGAUGGCAAGCUGUCCAUCUAUGAGAGAUGGGCUUUUUGGGCGGAACAUACAGAAAAGAUGAACGAAAUACCAAUGGAUGAAGAUACCUUGGAUGCCUUGGCUGUCGCUGUGGGAGAGAAAGACUAUUUUGUCUACUCUUUCACAGCUGAGUCCUUUUUUCACAAGGCUGGCUUUGAUAGCCGUCGGAUUUAUAGUGCUGCCGGAAGUUGGGAGUUUCUCCAAUGUGCCAAAGCUUGCUCUAGCAGCUCUGUUUUUCCAUCAAGCGAAGCUGUCCAUGAAAUUCUGUCAAAUCUGCGGGAGUAUAGUGUUGUCACCAACGACUGCCUUCCAAAGUGCUCGCAUUGCGGUGGAGAUUGCAUCCCAAAUGUCAGGCUGAACGACAAGUUUUGCCAUGAGAGAUAUUCCGAGGGCCUUUCGAAUUUGAUUUCAUGGCUGGAGGAGAUUGCUGCCUCAAAGACAAGGCUGGUGAUCGUUGAGCUGGACUCGGCUUUCAAGGCCAAUCGGCUCUCAGCUUUCCCCAUGGAGUCCAUAGCAGCAGAUUUGGCUUCGUGCGCUUUGGUCCGUUUCAGCAAUGAGAGGUAUCCGUGGGUUCCUGCAGUGCUAAGCAAAGCCGUGGGCCUGCCGACCAAGAGUUUUCACGAGCUGCCCGAGCUGCUUGCACACGCUGAGAGCGCUGACGGCCAGAUGCUGAGCGUAGCUGCUGAGAAAGAAGUCGAGCAAGCUGCAGAAUCGCGCAAGCUGCAGAGACAAGAAAGGGACCUCUCUGUCGAACCAAUCCACUGGAGAAGAAUUCUCCAGCAUUUGGGAGAGGACCUGUUCAACUGCGCAUAUGAGCGAUCUAUGUAGAGA